AUGGUGAUGGAUCCAUAUUCCUAUACAUCUCCGGCAAGGGUAAAGAGUCUUUUCUUGCCUCUUGCCGACAUGCCAAAUGAUCAAUUUUUGGCAUGUUUUGAGAACUUUAAGGAUAAGCACCAAGUCAGAUUAGUAGAUGUCACUCCAAGAAGCGAAGCAAAUACCGUCAACAAGUUCAGUCCUCAAGGAUUUCCUCUUGGGAGUGUUUUAUAUGAUCAUCAGCUAGCACAGAUCGAUAAUCAGGAAAUAUUCUUGCAAGAUUUUGAACCAUUCAGAAAGAUAUUUGUGGUGGUGGGUUUCAUCAAAUAUUCCGAUGGCUUAACGUUAAGCAAAUUGAAUUUACACUUGAAGAAUUUGAAGAAAGUGUUUAAAUACUCCAUUGUUCACAAUAUUGUGGUGUUUGACUCCGAAAAUAAAGAUUUGAUCAAUCCAGAAGCAAAUAAUAUUUUCCACAUCCAGAAAUCUUCCAACAAUAAUGCUUCAGAAUACCCUAUAAUGUGCGAUAUCACUUCCAAUUUCCUUAAUGCGUUGAACUCUUACGCCCAAUCUUUCCAACACGUCACUUUAAGAUCACCUGGGUCUAUCAAUUCUAAUGAUGUCUUGAAGAUCACUAUCACCGAUCACACCAGCGCUUAUGAGAAUACCGAAAUCUCUACCACUGAUGCCGUGAAAAAAUCAUCGGGAUCAAAGGGUACCGAGAAAAUUAAGGAUACAAAGAAUAAAGGUAGACACAUAAAAAUAUUAGGUAACUUUUAUUUACUAGCAGGGAGAUAUAGUGAUGCUCUCAGAGAGUUUGGUGAUGCUAUAUUAUUAUUGAAGUCUUCAAGUGAUUAUUUAUGGUUGGCAAGUUGUCUCGAGUACAUUGGUAUUUGCUUGACCUUAUUGACACAUCUUAAUGUUCCAUAUCAAUUACCCCAAUCAUUGUUGAAGUUUAUAAAUUCUAAGGAAAAAAACUCUUCUUCCAAAAACACUCCUGAUGCUUCGCCAAGAAAUUCUUUAUCAAGAUCUAGCACCAUGAAUAACAUUAGUGGUCAGGCCAAUUCCCAGACCAAUACCGGUUCAAGUUCUAAUUUGGGCGGGUCCAAGUUAGUUUCAAUCGAUAAAUUGAAUCUUCAAAUUCCAGAAAUCAUUGACCAAUUGACCAACAAAUUACUAUUUUAUUACUCUUUGACUUUCACCAAUCAUGAAGAUUAUGUUCCCCAGAUAGUUUACUGUGAAACUAUCAUAAGAUUUCUUAAAUUCAUGACAAUAAUACAUGUUGGUAAUGGUUUUAAUUCUUAUGUUAUUGAUCAUAUUGUUAUGGGCACUCCUAUUCCUGAAAAGAAGAUUAACGAAUUUUUCUUUUCCAAAAUGGACAUUUUUACAUUUUCCAAUAAAUUAUUCAAGGUUCAAUUAAAGAAUAUGAGUUUGAAUUCCCAAUGCAAAAUAUACUGUUCAUUGGCGAGUGUCUAUGAUGAUUUGGAACUUUAUAGAAAGAAAACGUUUAUUCUCCGAACAUUAUUUUUGAAAUUGAUCCCUGAAUUGACUAAGAGCCAAGCUGUCAGUGAAUCUAGAAAUACCGAAGAUCAAGAUGAAGACGAUGAAUUGAUCUCCAGAUCAGCAGAAAUUUUUGAAAAAAAUCAACAGCUACAAACCCAAGUGGAAUUGAACACUAAAUUAUUGAACGAUGUUGACUCAGGAUCAUCAGCCGGUAGAAACAACAAUGAACUGCUUCAUAAGUUGUUAAACAAUCUAUUAUUAAUUUAUGGAAUUGGAAGCUCCCCAAAGAAUUCUACUAACAACUUCAAAAGGGCCCCAUGGUUCCAAAUUCAUAAAUCAGUGUUGAAUUUGUGUAUUGAUAUUUGUAAAUCAAUAAUUGAUUUUAGAGGAAUUGUUUUCUUUUCUAGCAUAUUAUUAUCAAAGUAUAUCAAUGCAUUGACCAAACAAGAGCAAAUUUCAUUGUUUUCAUUAAUCGGAGAAACUCAACAAAAGGCCAAGAAUGUCAAUCAAGUGAUACCAUGCUAUUAUUGGGAUCCAUUCUUGGUGAGAGAUAUCACCUUAUUGAAUGAAUUUGAUGAAACUUUGAUGCCUAUUAAAUUAAAGGAGCUACCAGCCGGAAGCAAUACUACCAUUGAAACUGAUAAGAAGCCAUUGGGCAAAGAAUCAUCCUCCGUGACCAAUGUUGAUAAAGUCAUGAGCAGUGCAGUGAUUUAUAACCCAUUUGAAGAAAAUAAAAGAAAUCGGGCCAAACUACAAAGAAAAAGCUCAAAAAGAUUGUCUUCCUCUGGGCUUGGUUUGAAACCAAAAAGCAGAAGGGCGAGUAAAGUGAUUGAUGUGGACGCUGAUACAAGCAUUGCCAGUCUUACUGGCUCCAUCAAAGAAGAGAAUGAGGAAGGAGGAGAUUACGAAGAAGAUGGUACGGCCACUACAAGCAAUGAUGGUGAUAACGUUGAUAGUGAUGAAGAAGAAGAAUAUGAGGAUGUGGUAGAGGACAACUUUGAUGACGAAGGAAUUGUUCUUGUUCAAGAUGAAAUUUUUACAGUUUUGGUUAAGGUUCAAAAUCCCUUUGAAUUUGACAUUGAGCUAAGUGAAAUUGCAAUUAAAGCCAACGAAGAACUUGAGUUAGAGACUUUGGUGAAUAACAACCAAAACCAAUUCACAAUCAAUGCUGAUUCUGUCACCACUUUGAGAAUUGCUGUUAGACCAUUGAAUUAUGGUGAAUUGAAAAUCAUUGGUGCUGAAAUGAAGGUCAAUAAUUGUGAGCGUCAACUAUUCAAAAUCAUUCAUAAAGAAAAAUAUGAAGUGUUGGAAAAAAUCAAAAAAGUUGGUAUUGAGGCAAAUUUACCGUCGAAUAAAUCUAAACUUUCACCAUUAUCGAAUAACACCGGUGUCAAUGGCGAUGAAUCAAGUGCGAAAAUUGCUAACCGUGUUGAGUUCAAGAACUUGAAUUUGGUGGUUAUCACCCCACAACCGAUCUUGUCACUCAUUGAUUUAUCAUUGAAUAAUGGAUGGAUUAUGUUGUUAGAAGGUGAAAAAUCCUCAUUCAAGAUUGUAUUGAAAAAUUUGUCAAACAUUAAAAUCAAUUAUUUGGCAUUUAGCUUCCUUGAUUCCACAAUCGAACCAUUAACCAAAGCUUUGCAAUCCAAGGAUUUACCGAUCAAUGAAAUUUAUGAAAUUGAAUACUAUUUAUUGAAGCGGAAGCCUUUGAAGAUCCAAAAAUCGGAGAUCAACAAGUUGAAGUUCAUUAAGCCUUUGGACUACUUGAAUUUGAACUUUGACAUAAGAGGUAAACGUGGUAUGCGUGAUGCCCAUAUUAUUUUGGACUAUGGGAAUCAACAUAGCGUUGAUCCAAAUAAUAAGGAUGUUUCGGAAGAUGAAAAGAGUGCGCAACAAUUCUCUAAUUUUUUCAGAAGAAUUAGUAUUCCUAUCAGUGUCACGGUUUCUCCAAGUAUUGAAUUGGCAGGUUGUGAUUUGAUUCCAUUAUUCAAUAAUGUUAAGGAAUUAAAUGAGGACAAAAUUAAUGUGAUUCAGAGUGAACUGAGCAAGGCUGUACAAAAUAUGAAAGAAUUUGCAUUAGAACAAAAGAAUAUUUGGGCAUAUUUGAAUAAGAAAACCAAUAACAAAGUCAGUGAUUAUUGUUUAUUGGUUGUUGACUUGCGUAACUCUUGGAAUCAAAAAUUCAAAGUGACAUUAAAGUCCAGUGAUUUUGUGUUAGAUGAGGCUGAUGAUAAAGGAAUGGGGGCUUCCAAUGAUGAUGAUGAUGAUGAUUUCUACAGUAUCAGUGAAACCAUUGCCCCAGGACACACUGAAAGAUUCAUUUUGCCAAUUAAGCGGAUUGAGUUUUCCAAUGAAUAUUUGGAAAGAUCUAUUCCUAGUUUGAGAAACAAGCAAUUUAUUGUUCAAGAUAAUAAGUACACCAAGGAAGAAUUCAAGUACAUCCGUGAAGCCUUCUGGUACAGAAAGGAAUUACUUAGACACAUCAAGGGUGACUGGGUGGAAGAAGGAAGUAAACGUCAAGGUGACAUUGAAUUACGAGGCAUUAGAUUGUCGCAACGGAUGGUGAGUGUUCUUAGAAUUGAGAAAAUUGGGAUCGAAAUGCAAAUUUUGAACGAUCAUCAAAACAUCAAGAACAAUGGUCUUUAUUGGGAAGUGUCGACUGAGCAAUUCGCGACGAUCAGAACUAAGAUUAUUAACCGUAGCAAUUAUGUGUUGCAAGGUUUCAUUCGCCAUGUUCCAAUUCUGAACAACCACGGACCAAUAGACCGGAAAAUCUUGUACAAUGGGGUUCUUCAGCUCAAUAUUGGCCAAGAGGGAAUCUUACCUGGUGAAAGUAAAGACUUUGACUUGGGGGUGGUCAUCUUGGAUAAGGGUGAAUACGAAUGGGGUGCAAUUUUCGAUGAACAAAUAUUUGAUUCCAAUAAUAGUGUGGAUUUACAACAUACCCAAAGAGAACCAUUGUUCAUUAGAGCUGUAUAA